AUGACAGGAGAACAGGGCUAUAUGGAUGGUGCCUUAGAAGCACCGUUAGAUUCAUAUUUGCAACAACAGCCACAACCACCACAACAACAAUCACAAUAUUCAGAGAAGCAACAAAAAAAUGAUCAAGGACAAUUGGACCAGUCGGAAGACAAGAAUCAACUUAGUCAACUGAGCGAAGGCAGAGAUGAUUCAUCUCUGACCCAACCACCUUCUAUUCCUCAAUCCAAUUUACCAUUACCAAUUUUAAUGUUUGGACAACAACCAACAAGUUCGCAUGCGAAUUUACAAUAUGAUUUGAAUGGACAUUUAAAUUCCUCUUCUCAAAGCAAUUCAGAGAAUAAGUUUCAACAACAGCCACCACAUCUAACCCACCGACAGCCAACCCUUCAACUGCAGUUUCAUCAAGUGUCACCACUGUUCCCACCGUUACCCAGUAACGCACCACCACCAUACUCUAGUCUGAAUGUACUACUACCCCCAUCGAGCUACUACCAACAAUUAAAUCAACAAGGGGAAUCUAGACAUGUAUACCCCUUUGAACUGAGACUAGAUGAAACUCAGGUAUCAAGCUUGAGUUAUAGUAACAACAGCGGGGGACUGGGACUAUUGGCACCUAUCCCUCCACUUCAUCUUCAACAACAGAUGGCAUCUACUAAUGAAUUUUUGAAACAGGAGAACCAAAACCAAAACAACAGCAAUCACCAAGGGUCAUCCCCUAUGAAUGGACUGAUGCCACAAGGGUCUCCUACUAUGGAAGACCAUGAAGUAGUUUAUUCAAAUUGUUCCAGAUGUAAGAAAGAAUUUGAACAGACCGUAUUAAUUCCCAAGCCUCAAACUGCAGACGAUGGGCAACAAUAUUUUGUUGAACCUAAGGUUUUUAAAUUAUGUCAACAUUGUCGUGAUUUACAAAGACAAAGGUCAAGGCGGUGGCAGAAGAAGACUAAAGAUAGGAAAGGAGUGUGUCGUCGUUGUGGAUCCCCGAUUGCGCCUGAAGAUCAAAAUUUUGUAUUAUGUCCAAAUUGUCGACAAAAUUUACGUUCAAGAAAAGCAAGCAGAGCAGCCCAAGGAAAAUGUGUACAUUGCUCAGGACCAUUGAAUGCUCCGAUUAUGACUAGCGAGGAUGGGACCCUUGCAAUUGAUAAUGCUGGGCAAUCUUUAAUUGCUGAUGAUGCCAAGAAAGAGUCCGGGAAAACUACAGGCUUUAAAGUAUGUCAACGAUGUAGGGCAAAUGAUAAGAUUAGACGAACAAAUUUGGAAAAGAUGGGUAAUUGCAACCGGUGUGCUAAACCUUUGGAUCCAUUUGAUGCUGGAAAACAUAAAGUAUGUGCUAGAUGUAGAAGUCGUAAAAGAAAAUUAUCUGGUUCUGGAUUAAAAAAAAUUCCUACUUCUACUCCAAUUGUUAGCAAUAUCUCUACCACUUUCAUGAGCUCAGUACCAAAUGGAUAUAUUGCUUAUGACAAUUCAAAUAUGAUAUACACGGGACCAGCACCAGGACCUGAUGUAUUUCUUGUCCCAUCUCAAUAUAAUCCUGGAUAUCCAACUCAUUUCCCCAGCCAACCAUACCCACCAGUUCAAACAUACCCUGGCAAUUUGCAACCGCAUCUGCAUCUUCCUGCCUUGACUCAAACAAUGUAUGCGACUCAACAGCCUCAACUUGCCACAGCACAAUAUCAACAAUCACAAGGUCUACCUGAUUCAUUGAAUCAAUUUGCACCCAACAAUUCCCAACAUUAG